CGCAAGCCUAAACGAGUCCGAACAGCUUUUUCUCCGAACCAGCUCGUUCAGUUAGAAGAAGCAUUUGACAGCAAUCAAUAUUUGGUUGGACAAGAAAGAAAGGAACUGGCUCAGUCACUCAACCUCACUGAAACUCAGGUAAAAGUUUGGUUUCAGAACAGACGAACGAAGCACAAGCGAUCGAAGACGGAUGACGAU